AUGAGAGCCAGAGGAAUACCCGAAAAGCUAGUGCGAUGGAUUGGGUCAUUCUGUUCCAACCGUACAGCCUCUAUUUUGGUCAACGGACACUUGUCUGAAACCCAAACAUUACAUCAAGCAGGGUUGCCUCAAGGGUCGCCGCUUUCACCGAUUUGCUACAUUUUCUUCAAUGCCGACCUGGUACAGAGACGCAUUGAUGCCAAUGGCGGAGCCAUAGCUUUCGUAGACGACUUCACGGCCUGGGUCACUGGCCCGACGGCACACAGCAACCGAGACAAGAUCAAGGCCAUUGUGGAAGAGGCGCUGGACUGGGAAAAGAGAAGCGGCGCGACGUUUGAAACAGACAAAACGGCUAUUAUCCACUUUACCCGCAACGCACGAAAAGCCGACGCAGCCCCAGUUAUGAUCCGGGGGCAGGCAGUAAUGCCAAAAAAUCACGUCAAGAUUCUGGGCGUCAUCAUGGACUCACGCCUUAAGUACAAGCAGCACAUCGCACGAGCAUCGACAAAAGGGCUUGAAGCAGCCAUGGAACUGAAACGACUGAGAGGACUUUCUUCUGCGACAGCGAGACAACUAUUUACAUCCACGGUGGUUCCGCUGGUCGACUACGCGUCAAGUGUGUGGAUGCACGCAUAUCAGGACGAAUUAGUUGGGCCCAUCAACCGGGUUCAGAAAGCGGGCGCACAAGCGAUUGUCGGGACAUUCCUCACGGUCGCGACUGCAGUGGCAGAAGCGGAGGCCAGUCUAUUGCGAGGUGUGCCGGCGGAGGAGCUGGAAUCUAUUCAACCGUUUACAAUCGAGCCAUGGAGAGAGCGGAUCGGAGCCGUGUCAAAUGGUACAGUGGAAGGUGGUCCUUUGGCAGCAGAAGCCAUUGUGGCCACGAGCAGCUCCGCGCGUAACGGGGUAGUUGGGGUGGGCGGAGUGAUUCAAUGUUCAAGUACGACACAAUGCAAUGUGCAACGAGAGACCUUCUCAUUUACGCUCGGGCCAAGAGCAGAGCAGAGCCCAUAUUCAGGAGCGUUGGCGGCCAUGGCGUAUGUGCUGCGGCAUGUACCGAGUGGUUGCAAGCGCGUAUCGAUCCUGACAAGAAACAAAGCUGCGGUGCAAUCUUUGAAGAAUCCACACCAGCAGUCGGGACAAGAAUUUAUCCGUUGCAUAUACGACUCGAUACAGGAUCAACAAGAAAAUGGAGUUUCCAUUUCGAUUACCUGGAAGCCGACAGAGAGCGACGAUGAGCUCCUUAAUGUGGCGAAGAGAAAAGCGAAGGAUGCUACUCGAGAAGGAGCGCGACCUGAACAACGAUUCCCAAAGAUGCUCUCCACCACCUUCAAUAUCGAGAAGAGAAAGCUCAGGGCAGAAAGGCAUAUCCCAGAGAACGUAGGGAAAUACUCGAAAAGCAUUGACACAGCCUUGCCAGGCGAAUACACGAGAGCACUGUACGAAGACCUACCAUGGAAUGAACGGACUGUUCUGGCUCAGCUCAGGACCUACAUGAUCAGGCUGAAUGGAUACCUCCACCAGAUAAGGGCGGUACCGUCAAGCCAAUGUGCUUGCGAACUCGAACGCGAAACAAUUAAACACUUCCUCUUCCGUUGUCCGAAAUGGGAGGCACAUCGAAAGGAGAUGACAGAAUGCACCGAUACACAGCGAGGCAACAUUUCGUUCUACGUCGGCGGGAAGUCUCCGUCCGAUGGAACAAAAUGGAAACCCAACAUGACAGCAGUCAGGGCUACGAUCCGAUUUGCGUUGGCCACUGGCCGAUUGAGCAACGACUAA